AUGGAAGUCUCAACAUGUGGAGACUCUUUGGUGGAUCUACUCAGAGAUCCGACGCUGAAUUCAGACAAAGUGAAGUGUCAAAAGCUUUUCCAUAUCAUCAAAGCUACAAAGGAUCGCAAAUUGAAGCAUGUCUGUUUGAAGGGAUUCCAGAAUUUGCGGGAUCUAGAGCACAUUGCUCAGCGAUUAGACAAUUGGGAGUUCAAAACCUUGGAAUACCAUUUGGUAGAUGGUAUCUAUGUGUCUACCGUUGGUGAUGAGAACUCAUCUUAUGAUACUGCGAACCAUAAAAUUGAGCAGGAUUUAGUUGAAAGACAGUUUUUUCAAAAGGAACUAGCAAGCAAAGUCCUGAAGACUUGCAUGGAACUUUAUGAGCAAUUGAACGUAUCAAACGGAGCUGUAGAAAGAAUCAAUGAGUUUUUAUUGAAAAUGUCACCGUCUGACUAUAUUAGUGAUCUAGGUACAAUUUUGGCACAGUUGACUUUUCGAUGUCUCCGACUACAAAAGAGUCUAGAAUACAAGUUGCAUAUUAAGUAUUGCAAGAGUAAGUUAGUGGUAAUAGGCAUAGAUUUGGAACGCAUAAUGGCACUAAAUUUGAACGAAAGCCUCACAGAGAAAACUAUUUUAGGAUACAGAAGCUACAUAACUGAUCUUCUGAAACAGGCGGAAGAUUGUAUACUCAACAAUGACACUAUUGGAACCAUGGAAUGUCUCUCUGUGGUUAAAGAUGUUGAAAGGAUGUUUGAUGCUGUUAGACCCAAAGAAUUUCUUUACCCAACUGAUUCUGUUUCUUCUGAAAUUAAUUUUGAACAUGACCCCAAAAAUCAUCUCAAGACCAGAGGGAAGAGCAACUCCUCUUUCAAUGCUCCAUCUGAGAAAAUUAUGAGCUCUUUGCAAAGAUCCACUAUCUCGGAAGAGCUACCCUAUUUGAUGGGCGCUUUUGACGAUGCCAAAAUGGCACAGGUUGAGCUCCUGGGCGUAGUUUCUGGUAAUGCCGAUACUGUUAACAAUCAGCGACUCCACUCUACUGGUGAUUCCUCGGUUGUUCAUUUUCCAAGUACUGAGAUGUCUCACACUAUAGAUGAUCUUAAACGGAUAAGUUUACUAAACCAGAGCCUCACCCCAAGAACCAAAAUGGACAGCUCCAUUCUAAAGGGAAUCAGCUUGAGGUCAGAGGUGGUAGACUUACCUAAUUAUAGUAAUCUUCAGAGCGCACUCCCUUUAGCUUCGAAUAUGCUGAGAAUGUGGAACCCGACCCUACUAGAACGUAAUGCUAGCAAACCAGAAACUGAAGAAGUCGACUGA